ACUCCCAGUUUCAUAUCUCAAUGUGAAGAAUAACUAAUCGAAAUGACACACCAGCAUUUUCCCCAGGGCUGGGGGCCACCCCGGCUCCAACCUCCGAACCUCGGAGAAUCCGAGCUCUCCGCAAUGAAAAAGCGCGGAGAGCCAUUCCGCCUCCCCGGCCGAUUAUAUUCUUAUCCGCCUGCCAUCGCAUCCCCAACUUUCUGCAAUUCUUACUCACUUGACUCCUCUUCUCGCUGCACUUCUACAAUUUUGACACACGACAAACACAAUGGCGUCCGCGAUCAAGGCUCAGUGCAGAAAGGUCAUCUGCAUUGGCAGAAACUAUGCCGAUCACAUUACCGAGCUCAACAACACCAAGCCCAAGCAGCCCUUCUUCUUCCUUAAGCCCUCUUCCUCCAUUCUCCUUCCCGGCCAGGGUCCCGUCCUGCGGCCCCAGGGUACCAAGCUGCACUAUGAAGUCGAACUCGCUCUCGUGAUGGGCAAGACGGUGCGGGACCUCGACCCGGAGGACAGCAAGGGCGCAUUGGAUGCGAUCCACAGCUACCUCCUCGGCAUCGACAUGACCGCCCGCAACGUCCAAGAAGAGGCCAAGAAGAAGGGACUCCCCUGGACGAUCGCCAAGGGCUUCGACACUUUCCUGCCCAUUUCCCAGGAGAUCACCAAGGCCCGUCUGCCCGAUCCGCACAACGCCUUUCUGCGCCUGAGCGUGGGCUCCGAGGAGCGCCAGGCCGACUCCACCGGCCUGAUGCUCUACCGCAUCCCGCGCCUCCUGGCCGAGAUCUCUCGCGUCAUGACCCUCGAGAAGGGCGACCUGGUCUUGACCGGAACGCCCAAGGGCGUGGGCGAGGUCAAGUCCGGGGACGUGAUGACGGCGUCCAUCGAGGUGGACGGCAAGGAGCUCGAGGAGGGGCGGAUCCAGGUUGAGGUGCAGGACCGCGAGGGCCGCUACCGGUACGCCGAGACCUAGAGCGGUUUCAAGUGAGUAGGUUUAAGAGAACAUUCAGUAUAUAUACACUUACACAUACAAAUACAUACCCCC